AUGCCGUCGUACGAAUCAAGAAUAUCACUUUCAAAAAUGUUGAUUGAGGUAGAGGAAUUUGAUGUGAGUAUAACAUGAAGUGUCAUGUUGAGAAUGAACUUUUCAAAAGUAUUAUAUCUUUACUCAGAAAUUCCAAUUAAACACUGUCAAGUUAUAUUUCCGCUCAUCCAUACUCUGUAUGUCAGUUUCACAGUUUAUCGUUGGUGCUAUUUUUAUAUCUUUGUAAUAGAAUGCUUGCACUGUGCUGGAAGAACUUUUGUCAGAGGACGAUGAAGUUGUUCAGGUAUUAGUCUAUAGUCUAGGAAGAGGUUCCCUUUGAUAAAAAGCACUUCAAACACUCAUUAAUAAUUCAUAAGCUUAUUGACAAAUCAUGCAUGUCAACCAUAAUAUGACACGGCAGUGGCUUUAAACCUGAUAAAACACUCCUAAUUAGUAUUCUUUAAGAGGCCAAGACUGUCCAAUUUAGUUUAGUGUAUUAUAGCUUGACCAAUCUCACAAUGGUCGAUCAAUAUAUGUCUGGUACGUUUUGCCGACCUCUAUCUUGCCGACUAUGGACGGCUAUCACGCCCAUGCACAUAAACCCUCGUUUUCAAUGCUCUGGAUAUUCACUCUUUAAUUUAACCGAUGGUUGCACAGUAAGGGCGUAUAUAUCUCAUUUCCAUUUCUGUUUUAACAAUGGUAAAUAGAGCAAUUGAAUAUCCAUGCAUCUUUGGUUAAAAUACAAUGGAUUUACACUGUUACAGUAGGAGUUGAAAUUAACAAUGCAAAAGACAUGAUUGAGACAAUGUUAACCUAUAGAUUACUGUAAUGAUUUUAAAAUGUGUGGUUAUUGGUUAAACUAUUGAAAUACUACUUUGAAAUAUCAUAAAUAUUUACAGGAUCGCGCGAUAAAAGAUUAGUUGCGUCUCUUUGUUCUGGAUAGAUUAACAAAAAUAAUGUACUCCUAUAAGGGAAAUUGUGACCCGUCAGGUAACACCUCAUGGCAGGGGAAAGGCUUUAAAAAGUGGGUUUUCAUUACUCAGUCCUAAUUUUCAUAUUUUUGCUUAAGUUACGUUACUCUUAGUGGGAAAGAAAUUCGCCCUGCCAAGAUAGGGGAGGGGAAAUAUAGCCCUGCUUGUAACUAUAUACAUCACUGUUAACUCGAGGUGGUUUUGUAAGGAGCUGGACAUGUUUUGUUCUCAUCGACGCAUACAAUAAAUAUAUAAUAUAGAAUAUGCUUUAUUCACCUCGAAUAUUAUAAUUCUAGGUAUGGUAUUUGCUUGGCUGGAUCCAAUACCUCAAAGAACAGGAUUUUCAUGUGGCUGUAUAUUACUUGGAAAUGGCGCAAAAGGUAUGUAAAAGAUUCUCGCUUAACGAAAUUUACCAGAAACGUCAUUUCCAUGCACGUCCUUGUUUGCUUACUGUUCUUUCAGUGUUCCUAUCUUGUAUCUAUGUAUAAACCCUAAAUAUUAAAUCCCUGUAUCAUGAUUAGGGAUUUUACAUACUUUUAAUGUUUGGAUAAUUUAAAGUGCCACUGUGACCAAAUUUUCACUUUUGUUUUUUUUCCUUGAUUGUGAAGAAUGCGUAUAAAGAAGCUGUCACGCAAAAUUUUAGCGUGAUAUCUUAUAUUUGGCCUGAGUUAUACGACGAUGAAGUUCGAAUUUUGGCAGCCGCCAUUAAAAUCCGCCAUAUUGGAAAGUUCAAGUGUUCGGGAGUCUUUGACGUCAUAGUCUCAACACAUUCUGGCGUGCAACAUAAAAAUAUAUACGCGACUAUAGUAAAACUCGAUCAUGCCUUCGUCCGUUCGUCGCGUUGUGUUGUACGUACAAGAUUGCAGCAAUACUUCUAA